ACCCGACUUGGCUCAUCACGUUCAACAGAUGCAGCCGAUAAUGCGGCAAUUUACGAGCUUACACGUGCCGUUGCAAAGAUGAUCGAUAGCAUAGGGUUUUCAACAUGUGCUGAAUCCGUGCUGAAUCUACUUACGGAUCUCUGCCGACGAUACCUGGAAAAACUUUGGUCCGAAACUGGUAGGCAUUCCAUCACAUUCAAUGAUGCGAAUAUGGCAUUCAUGAGCAUGUCGUUCAGUACCGGAGAGCUACAUUCAUAUCUAAAGGAGGUACGAAUGGAUCCACCACCAGUUAAGGUGCCGCUUUUUCCUGUCAAAAAACCGAGGGAUUUACAAACAAUGUAUGGCCCAAUAUCGGAAAGAGAAUUGGCAGAACGUCCUGAACAUAUACCUCGCUAUCUUCCCGCUAUGCAUCGAGAAUGGUGCGCACCUACGGCUUCUACGGGUACUGCUGGCAGAGCCCCUCCAGCGAGAACGAUUGAAGCUCGCCCAGCGGAAAUAAAAGAAGACAAAGAUUCAACGACAAAAAAAUCUGUGAGAAAUAAUCGGCGUGCACGAAUGCCACCUUCGAGCAUCGCCUUUCCGGAUUUCACUGGCCUGACCGCUAAAGAACUUGGAUUUGUUCGGCCACAGAAAGUGGUACCGAAAAAGAAGCCCGAAGAGCCAAGUGGCAUUAUGAGUAGUGCCAAUAUUGUCGCGGCAAAAUUAGCAGAUCCAUCAUACAGCAAUUCAAAAUCGAAAACCAAAAAACGACCUGCACAGGACUUACUUUCGGUAUAUAUUUGUAUUGAUCUAUUUGAAAGAUUAUAG